GCAGGUUAGACCAAUGCUGCGUCGGCGGUGCAGCCACGUUGAAGCAGCGACGGGGGCCGUAGCAGACUUUGCGCAGAACCUCGUGGUGCUGUUGGUCCCGCCAUGCGAGGCCACUCGUCGGGGGUGGAUGCAUGCAGUGGUGCUGUAUCCAUUGCAAUGCGUCGAGUCCAUAUUCGUCCGUCCUUUGGGCCAUCUGCGGCGGCACAUGCCUCUUCUCGGUGGCAUAUGCGUCGUGGCGCUCACGCUGUGGAGUAUGUUGCUUCGAAACGUUUGGCGGCACGUACACCACACGCUCACCACCCUGUCGGCGUCAUCCGAUCCUCGACUCAACUUUGACACGUUCUGGAAUGCGGUCGAGGCGUACUACGUGUUCACAGACGCGUCGACGUGCAACUGGCCGCUUGUACAUGUCAUUUUCGGAGACAAGAUUGACACGUCGACGAGUGAAGACGACCUUUGGACUGCAAUCGUCGAUUCCAUGGCGCUGCUGGGGGAUCCUUCCGUCAGGCUGUUGCAUCCGCAGGCGUGUGAAUCGUUGUCGCACUCGUCUCAAAAUGGCAUGGAGACAACGCUUGACCUCCAGACUCCGUCGUCGGAGCGAUCCACAUCACUUCGACCGACCAGCGCGCACCUUGAAUUCCCACCACUCGUUCAAGUUGCGCCGCGCAUUUCUACCUUAACGUUAACACAGUCAAGCAGGACCGUGCUGUAUGUUCGCUUGGAUGCCAUGGUUGGAUUCGUCGACCGAUCCUUUCCUCUCGACCUCUUGUCCCCGCCGUCCCAACCGGCGGCAGUGCCAGAACUGUUUGAUGUGGAAGCUAUGCGAUGGGCGUUGCAAUCUGUGGUGCGCCCGCUGCUUGAAUCAACCAAGAACACAGGGGUGAUUUUGGACCUGCGUUGGAAUCAUGGCGGCGGCAGCCCGCAAGCGGCUCUUGCCGCCGCCGCCAUGUUCCUUCCUCCGCGCACACCUGCGUUUGAGAUCGAAGAACCAUUGAAAACGUGGGGACGCGUCCGGCGCCGCACGUUCCAUGUACCGUCAGCUGCAGCAUCGGAGUCGCAACUCCCAACUUACUACAACGGUCCACUUGUCGUGCUGCAGAGUGCUCACACGGCAGGGACGGCGGAAUUGCUGGUCCUGGCGCUGCGACAUCGAAAGCGUACCAAGUGCAUCGGGGACACUACCGCCGGACGUGCGUCGGGACUGCUGCAGAUUCAGCUCCCCAACGGCUGGCUUGUCGAACUGCCACACCAACGAUGCAGCAGCGCCGGUGCAAGAGGCGCCGAGGUCAAGUGUGUCCAUGGCCGUGGUCUUAAACCACACGUCCCAGUGGAUCUCGUCGACGGCGCUCGGGCUUGGUCGACAGCGUUAGACGUCCUUUAUGAACUCUAGACACAGCCCUUGCAAUCCAAUAGAAAAUUUCCGAAUGAGC